AUGAACGCAAACGCACUGCGGGCGUACUUUAGGCCAAAAGGGGAAGAAACUGGGUGUUUGACAUAUCGGGCUCGGAUGCAUCGCUUUUUUGCAGAGCUGGAGCCAUCUCUAUCCGUCACUGAGCAAAACCUGGCAGACCGAGUUCGGUACAUCCUGCACUCCAACAUAUUUGGUGACGCCGAACUCGAACGACUACGAUGUGAGGCCGUUCCCUCGUCGGAUGGAAAUGAUACGGCUGGGAAUGCGGCGCCACUAAUUGCGCAGCAAAAUACACAUGUGGAUGCUGCCGUCAAUAUUCCAUUUGUAGUUGAUUCAGACGAUGAUGGAAUAGUCCCCCACGAACUAGAGAAAAUGAGGAGCAUAUUGAAAGAGUCGAUGCUGGAAACGCGCAGCAUGCCUCUCGUAAAUCGAUCGCGACUACCCCGCAUACCCCUUAGCAAGCGAAAUCGUGCUGUCGUGUGGGCUCUUAACCCAAUGCUGGUGACCUAUUUGGAAGCCAGCCGGGACAUUUGCGGGACGGACUCAAUUCUUUUAGGCGCCGUACUGGCAGUAUGCCAUAUUAUUGGCGCCAAGCUUCCCAUGGCUGGACGUGCUACUCGACAAAGUAGCGCCAUCCCAGCCUGGAAAAAGAGAAUUGAGGACCGUAUCACAAAGGCAAGGGCCCUUAUCGGCAGACUGACAAGCUUCAGGUCAGGAAAUAAUAGACUGAGAGUUGUGCGCACCGUUAGAAUGGCAUUUGCUGGGACAAAUAUUAGUUUGUCCCAGCCGGAUAUUACGCAGAAACUAACGGAGCGCAUAGAUGACCUGAAGCAAAAAAGCGCUGCUUGGGGGAAGCGGAUUCGACGAUUUAGCGAGGGGUCAAGGCGGUUCAACCAGAAUUGUCUCUUUCAGAGUGAUCAAAAAAGGCUCUAUAAAUCAUUGGAGCGACUAGAGGUAUGUGGAGCGGGCCCAGGACCGGAUCAAGCUGACGACAUUGUCGCAUUUUGGCGUGGCCUGUGGUCAGAGCUCGUAAACCACAACGAAGACCCUUGGAUGGAAGUUGCGGCGAGCCAGAGUGCGAGUGUUACGCCUAUGGACCCCGUCACCAUAACGCCAGAAGACGUGGCUGAGGCAGUCCGUAGGGCCCCGAACUGGAAAAGUCCGGGGCUCGACGGGCUGCAACAUUACUGGCUGAAGGGGUUCGUAACGUGUCACGCUGUGCUCGCCCGACAGUUCCAAGAGGCUCUCAACCAGAAGUCGCUCCCGAGCCUCUUCACUACUGGGAUCACUCAUUUGGUUCCUAAAGAUCAGGAUAUAAAAGAUCCGAGCAAAUACCAGAGCAUUUUAGAGCCGGUAGCUCAACAGGUCUCGCGUCUGGUGAUCCUGCACGAGGAGGCUGAAGAUGGCAACGCAAUGCCGGAUCUGGCGCGGCCGGUGCAAGCCGUGUCGCUCGCCGUCAAUAAUCUCGUCAAGGUCGGUCACGAGACUAUAGAGUCUUCAGAUGAUGUGAUCCUUCGCCAGGACAUGCCGGGGGCUUUGCGGCGUGUGGAGGGCGCAGCCACUCUUCUGCAGCAAGCCUCGGACAUGUUGCGAGCCGACCCGUAUUCCGGACCAGCCAGAAAAAAGCUGAUCGAGGGCUCCCGAGGAAUUUUGCAAGGCACAUCGGGUCUGCUAUUGUGUUUCGAUGAAUCAGAAGUGCGGAAGAUCGUUAAAGAAUGCAAAAAAGUGCUAGACUACCUCGGCGUUGCGGAAGUCAUCGACACAAUGGAAGAUCUCGUGCAGUUCCUUAGAGAUAUCUCGCCGGCACUGUCCCGCGCUGCUAGAGAGGUAGCCGCAAGAGCAUCGGAACUGACUCAUCCACCACACGCGGAGACUCUGACCAGUUGCCUGGAAAGUGUUAAGCAGUUGGCACCCGUUCUCAUUUGCUCCAUGAAGACCUACAUUCAUAUCCUCACAGAAGGUGGUAAGGGAAUGGAGGAAGCUGCAGAAAACAGAAACUACUUGGCGCAACGGAUGGCAGAUGAAAUCCAUGAAAUUAUUCGAGUUUUGCAGCUGACCUCAUAUGUGGAGGAUGGCGGCGAAAAGGACAACAUCGCAGUUCUGAAAGCUCUGCAAACUCAGAUACACACCAAGAUGGGGACCGCACACGAAUUUCUUAAUGAUCCUGCGGCGUUGCGCAACAGUGCGGGCGAGCGAGCGCUGCGCUCGGUGCUGACGUCAGCGCAGCGCGCCGCGGAGCACCUAGCGCCCGACCUGGCCGACACAGUGCGCCGCGACGUCAGAUCCGGAGGCAUAAACGCUGACCAUUUAUGCGACGAAAGGCAAAUGGGCCGUGGCAGAGAGCCUAAGGCAUUAAACUUGGCUUCGGAUCUCCGCUCCCAACUGAACGAAGUGGAAGGUGUUGUUAACGAAGGUGUGAGAGCGGCGGAGAAGCAAGGCGGGAAAACUAUACAGGCCAGGUUGGAAACGGCUCACAAAUGGCUCCUCCAUCCCGCUGCCGAUUCGCACACAAGAUCUGAGGGACAGAAGGCCAUUACCAGUAUCGUAUCUCAGGGUCAGAGGAUAGCGGACGGUCUGCAAGGACGCGAGAAGGCGGAGAUACUGCAGCUGUGUGGAGACGUGCAGAGGCUGUCCGACAAGCUCGCGGACAUGUGCUCGAACGGAUACGGCCAAUCGGAUGAGGCCAGAGCCGUCACUAGGGAGCUGACUGAUAAACUGCAUGAAUUGAAACGCGGCAUGGAGCGAGCGGUUGUGAACCGCGUCGUCGAAGACUUCAUAGACGUCGCCGCUCCGCUGAGGCAUUUCACUGACGCUGUUAACGCACCAGAAGGUGCGGUGGGUCGCGAGGCGAACUUCUCGGAGCGAGCUGCGGCUCUGCAGGCGUUUAGUGACCGCGCCUGCGCCGCGGCUGGCGUUGUGGCGGCCGCCGCGCACCACAAGCGGCUCGCCGACCCGCUGGUGCACCACGCCCGCCAGGUCGAGAAACUUUCGCCGCAGCUCAUCGCCGCCGGUAAAAUUCGCCUGCAUUACCCCGACAGUAAGGUAGCAGAGGAGCAUUUUAACAAUCUCAAGAAUCAAUACGCGGACGCUGUGCUCCGCGUAAGAGAUCUUUGCGAUCAGGCGGUUGACCCGUUGGACUUCGUCAGGACUGCUGGUGAAUUGAUGCAAAAGCACACCUACCUAUGCGAGGACGCGAUUCGCAACGACGACGCUCAGAAGAUGGUCGAUAAUACUUCGGCUAUUGCUCGAUUGGCGAACCGAGUCCUCCUUGUGGGAGGUGCGGAGCGUGAGAACACGGAAGACGGAGAGUUCGCGCGUGCUCUUGGCGCCGCACAGCAGCGGCUGCAGGCCAGCAUCGCGCCCGCCGUGCGCCACGCCAAGCGCGUGGCCCUGCGCGACCGCACAGCCGUGCCCGCUUGGCGCACCGCCAACACUGAGAUAAUGAGCGCGGCGAGUGAGGUGGAGGCGGCGUUCGGGCGGCACAUGUCGCGAGCGCCCUCGCUGACGGACACUCUGCGGGCACUGCACGUGUCGGAGCGCGCGCCCCCGCGGCCGCCGCCGCCCGCGCCCGCGCCGCCCGCCCCGCUCGCCCCGCCAGCACCCGGCCUCGCGCCGCCGCGCCCGCCGCCGCCGGACACCGACGACGAAGACGAGGACAUCUUCCGCAGGCAACCACACCCCAGCCAGCCCAUAUUGGUGGCGGCUCACAAUUUGCACAAAGCAGUGCGAGAAUGGUCGUCAAAGGACAAUGAAAUUAUCGCCGCCGCCAAACGCAUGGCGAUUCUCAUGGCUCGUCUCUCCGACUUAGUGCGUUCUGACUCUAAAGGCAGUAAACGGGAGUUGAUCGCGACCGCAAAGGCGAUCGCUGAGGCUUCAGAGGAGGUCACGUGCCUCGCUAAAAAACUUGCCCUCGAAUGUACGGACAAGAGGAUUCGUACCAACCUGCUUCAAGUUUGCGAAAGAAUUCCGACCAUCGGCACUCAGCUUAAGAUCCUGUCGACGGUCAAAGCUACCAUGCUUGGAGCUCAAGGAAGCGAAGAGGAUCAAGAGGCGACGGAGAUGCUUGUUGGAAACGCGCAGAACCUCAUGCAGAGUGUGAAGGAAACUGUGAAGGCAGCGGAAGGCGCGUCGAUAAAAAUCCGCACGGAGCAAGGUGGCUACAGGCUGCGUUGGGUUCGUCGCUCUCCCUGGUACCAGAUCUAG